UCACGGAAGAGUUCUUUGAAAAACCUGCAUCUGUAACGUCUUUGUGUUGAUAUUUUUGGAGGAUUGACAGUGUUUGAAUGGAUAUUACCAGGUGUACGGAGAAAUGGGUAAAACAAGACAAGGAGAGGCCGCCAUCGUCUUCCAUUAUGCUGUCUAGCAAGAAAUCAGAUGCAGGCUCUUCGUCCUCCUCCUCUUCAUCUUCUGUGGGAGCAGCGGGGGGCGAACGGCCGCUGGGAGCCGAUGUCCAGAGCGGGCCAUCCGCCUCGGCCACUGGGCCGCUGGACCCGAAGAAGAAGGAGAGAUCGUCCCCGAGCGGGGAGCCCGGAGGGCCCCCGUUCCCCCACCAGUCAGGGCCUGCAGGCGCCGACGCUGACUCGGCUGAAGUCCGCAGAACGAGUCGGCGGAAGCGAGCAAAAGUGGAGUACCGCGAGAUGGACGAAAGCCUGGCCAACUUGUCCGAGGAUGAAUAUUACUCCGAGGAGGAGAGGAACGCCAAGGCGGAGAAGGAAAGGAAGCAGGUCAUCCCUCCUCCAGCGCCGCCUCCUGAGGAGGAGAACGACAGCGAACCUGAAGAACCAUCAGGUCUGGAAGGAGCUGCUUUCCAGAGCCGCCUUCCUCACGACAGAAUGACGUCCCAGGAAGCCGCCUGCUUCCCCGACAUCAUCAGUGGCCCUCAGCAGACGCAGAAGGUCUUUCUGUACAUCCGCAACCGCACCAUCCAGUUGUGGCUGGACAACCCGAAGAUUCAGCUCACCUUUGAGGCGACUGUUCAGCAGCUUGAAGCUCCGUACAACAGCGAUACGGUUUUGGUUCACAGAGUUCACAGCUACUUAGAGAGGCACGGUCUCAUUAACUUCGGCAUUUACAAGAGAGUCAAGCCUUUACCCACGAAGAAGACGGGGAAGGUCAUCAUCAUCGGCGGCGGCGUUUCCGGCCUGGCUGCAGCCAGACAGCUGCAGAGUUUCGGGAUGGACGUUACGGUUCUGGAAGCCAGGGACCGUGUGGGAGGAAGAGUCGCCACGUUCAGGAAGGGAAACUAUGUAGCCGACCUGGGAGCCAUGGUGGUAACCGGACUGGGAGGGAAUCCCAUGGCGGUGGUCAGUAAGCAGGUUAACAUGGAGCUGGCUAAGAUCAAGCAGAAGUGUCCUCUGUAUGAAGCCAACGGCCAGGCUGGUGAACGGUGCACCAGUGUUCCAAAGGAAAAAGACGAGAUGGUGGAGCAGGAGUUCAACCGGCUGCUGGAGGCGACCUCCUACCUCAGCCACCAGCUGGACUUCAACUUCCUCAACAACAAGCCGGUUUCACUGGGCCAGGCGCUGGAGGUGGUCAUCCAGCUGCAGGAGAAACACGUUAAAGAUGAGCAGAUUGAACACUGGAAGAAGAUCGUUAAGACUCAGGAAGAGCUGAGGGAUCUUCUCAAUAAGAUGGUUUCCACUAAGGAGCGCGUCAAGGAGCUCCACCAACAGUAUAAGGAAGCGAGCGAAGUGAAGCCGCCCAGAGACAUCACCGCUGAGUUCCUGGUGAAGAGCAAACACCGCGACCUGACGGCGCUCUGCAAGGAGUACGAUGAGUUGGCAGAGAUGCAGGUGAAGCUGGAGGAGAAGCUGCAGGAGCUGGAGGCCAACCCCCCCAGCGAUGUUUACCUUUCAUCCCGGGAUCGGCAGAUCCUAGACUGGCACUUUGCCAACCUGGAGUUUGCCAACGCCACUCCCCUCUCCACCCUGUCUCUGAAGCAUUGGGAUCAGGACGACGACUUCGAGUUCACCGGCAGCCACCUGACGGUGCGGAACGGCUACUCGUGCGUCCCCGUGGCGCUGGCCGAGGGUUUGGACAUCAAGCUGAACACGGCGGUGCGGCAGGUCCGAUACACGGCAUCCGGAUGUGAGGUCAUCGCCGUCAACACGCGCUCCACCACGCAGACCUUCAUAUACAAGUGUGACGCCGUCCUGUGCACGCUGCCGCUGGGCGUGCUGAAGCAGCAGCCGCCUGCCGUCCAGUUUGUCCCGCCGCUGCCGGAGUGGAAGACCUCAGCCAUUCAGAGGAUGGGCUUUGGAAACCUCAACAAGGUGGUGCUGUGCUUCGACCGGGUCUUCUGGGAUCCGAGCGUCAACCUGUUUGGUCACGUCGGCUCCACCACCGCCAGCCGGGGCGAACUCUUCCUCUUCUGGAACCUCUACAAAGCGCCCAUCCUGCUGGCCCUGAUGGCUGGAGAGGCGGCCGGCAUCAUGGAGAACAUCAGCGACGACGUCAUCGUCGGGCGCUGCCUCGCCAUUCUCAAAGGGAUAUUUGGGAGCAGCGCCGUGCCUCAGCCGAAGGAAACGGUGGUGACGCGGUGGCGGGCCGACCCCUGGGCCAGGGGCUCGUACUCGUACGUGGCGGCCGGUUCUUCGGGUAACGACUACGACCUGAUGGCUCAGCCCAUCACGCCCGGCCCGGCCAUCCCAGGAGCCUCACAGCCCGUCCCUCGGCUCUUCUUCGCCGGUGAGCACACCAUCAGAAACUACCCGGCCACCGUUCACGGCGCCCUGCUGAGCGGCCUGCGCGAGGCCGGCCGGAUCGCCGACCAGUUCCUGGGCGCCAUGUACACGCUGCCCCGACAGGCCACGCCCGCCGCCACCAGCAACCCUCAGCAGGCGCAGCCCGCCGCCGCCGUCUGAGCAGCGUAGCUCAAGCAUUACGACAAAACCCAGCUGGGUUGAACAUGAAGACUGUGAAAACGUUCCAGAGGUUCAUUUCAUUCAGGAUUCUGGGAUUCUGUUUGGUUCCUGCAGUUUGGACCUGUCUGAAAUUUGAUUUGAUAGGUUUUCCAAGUCAGGAUGAGAAAUGGAAAAGACUCAUUAUCUAAAAAAGAUCAUUUUCAUUCAUCACAUUCAGAUGGUGAUCUGUACUUAAACCUUGAGUUACUGACAGAAACACAUUCACUGUAAAACCAAAAGAAGGGACAUUUCAGUUUAUUUUUUACACCAGAGCCAAGAUCUAGCUUUAGUUUAGAACCAGAACAAACUUCUGUGAAGCAAAGAAGUUACUGAUCACAAACUGAAUUAAAGGAAAGGACCUGUAGUUAAGAUAAUUCACUCCAGGUUUUAAACUGUGGAAUAGUCCUUUAUAACAGAUCUAGAAGUCAGCUUCAGCGAUGGGUUUAAUGUGUUUAUGGAAAACUGAUUUAAACCUAAUAAGAUCUCAUAUAAAUAAUGGAAAUCAUCCAAUAUUUGGAGUCUGGAAAAGCUCAGAAAUGUUGUAGGAACCCAGAAGAAACCCGAUUUAUAGUAAAUCCGUCAUAAAUAAAGCAGAGAAAUGGGAUUACUUGA